GCUAUCAUCAGUCUUAUCGUUUUCGACGUGGCUGAUUACCAUCCGCAUUACUGAUAAACAAAUUUCCAUGCUUUCUAACCUCAUUUGUCAUUCUCAGAAAAUUUCAAAUGCUUUUGUUACAUUAAAACGGAAGGAACAAAACACAGUUAAAAAAUGGUGGUCACCAGUGGAGCUGAAGUUCAUGAUGAUUCCAACAACUACGACAAAGAAAAGGAACUGAAAGCAUUCGACAAUUCAAAAGCCGGUGUCAAAGGUCUGGUAGGUGCUGGAAUCACUAAGGUUCCUCGUAUGUUCAUCCGUUCAGACAUUUCAUCGAACACUUUAGAGACAACCAAGAAAACCCAAUACAAUAUUCCAGUUAUUGAUCUACAAGGGAUCGAAGAUGAUCCACGGCGGCAUAAAGAGAUCAGUGACCAAGUCAGGCAUGCAUCAGAGACAUGGGGCUUCUUCCAGAUUGUCAACCAUGGGAUACCUGUAAGUGUUCUUGAAGAUCAUAUUGGUGGUCUCCAAGUACUUCAUGAAGACAAAUGGAUUGAUGUGCCUUGUUCCCCUGGGGCUCUAGUGAUUAACAUGCUUAUUUCGAACGAUGCUUUCGUAAGCGUGGAGCACAGAGUGCUGGCAAACUCGGUUGGACCGAGAGUUUCAGUUUCAGAACUUCGGACCCCAGACUGUACGGUCCUAUCAAGGAACUGUUAUCAGAAGAGAAUCCACCAAAAUACAGGGAAACCACAGUGAGAGAUUAUGCUAUGUACUCCAAUGGAAGAGGGCUUGAUGUUGAUGAUACUUCUCCCUUGCUGCAUUUCAGGUUAUGAUCCCAUGAUAUGAAAUAUCAGCUUAAGAACUGAAUAAUUUGGUAGAUUUCUUAUGAUUGAAUUGUGUAUUGGGCAUAUCUAGUUUCCUCCAUGUAAUGAAUGUGAUCAUAAUCAAUCAAGAUAAAUAUCGAUAUCGCUUUAUAAUUACUAUUUAAA